AUGGAGUUAGCACUCUCUAGUUUCGCGCUUCCUUUUCUUUUGCUAGUGCUCACCGGAGCUCUUAGCAUUCUGGUCACUUUGUGGGAUAAGAAGAAGAAUUUGCCCCCAUCUCCAGGAUGGGCACUUCCAUUGAUCGGCCACCUUCAUCUCAUUACGAAGCAGCCACAUCGAUCUUUGCAAGCACUCUCCAAAAAGUAUGGGCCAAUUAUGUUCUUGAAGCUUGGGAUGAUCCCAAGCAUCAUUGUCUCCAGCCCAGAGAUGGCGAAAGAAGCUCUCAUGAACAAUGGCUUGGCAUUUGCUUCGAGGCCAUAUCUCUUGAUCUCCGAGAUUAUUGGGUAUGAUUUCCAAAGCAUUGGGAUACACUACAGCGAGCAUUCAAGGAGGCUGCGUAAGAUGUGUGUGACUGAACUUAUUGCUCCCCAGAAACUGGAAUCCUCCUUGUGGGUGAGGUUCCAAGAACUCUCGAGAGCGUUUCGUAUCUUGCGAAAGUCUAACGAGGAAAAAGUAGCUGUUGACAUGAGAUAUCUCUUCUCAACUUUCACAUUCAACGCCUUCACAAUGAUCCUGAUGAGCAAGAGAUACUUUGGGGACACCACUGAUGACAAUGAUCAACACAGGGAGAUUAAACAUGUUAUUAAUGAAAUCUUCAGCCUGGCAAUCAAGUUCCACAUCACCGAAUUUGUUCCAUCGUACCUCAGGUGCUUUUUAGAAUGGCUCGAUCCGACCAUCCCUCAGUUCAAGAGAUUGCACGAGAGGCAAGACAAGUUCAUGAAGAAGAUCAUCAAAGAACACAAAGAGCCAACCGCUCGUCCCAAAGACUUCAUGGACGCACUGCUCGAGAGUUUCAGCGCAGAAGACACAGUAAAAGCGUUUAUAACAGAAUUGUUGCUAGCAUCUGAUUCAACGGCCGUGGCUGCUGAAUGGGUGAUGGCACAACUUCUUCACAAUCCUCAUGUUUUGGAGAAAGCUCAACUCGAGCUCAACCUUGUCGUGGGUCCAAAUCGCCUGGUUCAAGAGUCUGAUUUCUCAAAGCUGGAGUACCUUCAAGCAAUCAUCAAGGAAACCUUGAGGCUUUGUCCUCCAGGUCCACUCCUCAUUCCUCGCAGCUCUGACGAAGCUUGCACGAUUGGUGGCUACUACGUUCCCAAAGGCUCAACACUCUUUGUCAAUGCUUUCGCCAUUGGACGCGAUCCAAGUAUCUGGGAAAGCCCCACAGAGUUCAUGCCCGAGAGAUUCCUUGGGAGAUCAGUGGAUUUCAAGGGCCAGCACUUUGAUCUCAUACCAUUUGGAUCGGGGCGGCGGAUGUGUCCUGGAAUGCCACUCGCAUUAAAAGCGCUUGAGCUGCUCUUGGCUAACCUUGUCCAUGGAUUUGAUUGGAGCUUCCCUCCCGGAGAGAUCCAAACUCUUGAGGAUUGCUUUGAGACGACGCUGCUGCUCAACUCCUUCAUCUCUCAAAGGCUCCGUCAGGACUCUUUGCGCAAGCAAGCUUCCACAUCUAGUGUGCUGUUCGCCACUAUUACCACGGAAAGCCUUCAGCAGCAGCUUGCUUUCAAGGCUUCCAAAGGUAUUCAGAAGUGCAAGUUUACUUGCUGUCUGGAAAGAGAUGAGGUCGCGAAUAGCGCAUUGCAUCAUGCUGUUGACCACGCCAAUCGACUCCACAAACAAAAUUCAUAUAAUCUGGGCGACGGAUUCAUCUGA